AGUGUGACCUCCAGUGGGUCCAGCACAACCUCCAGUACUGAAUCUAGCACAGCCUCUGGAGGGACCAGCACAGCCUCCAGCACUGAAUCCAGUGUGACCUCCAGUGGGUCCAGCACAGCCUCCAGUUCUGAAUCUAGCACAGCCUCUGGAGGGACCAGCACAGCCUCCAGCACUGAGUCCAGUGUGACCUCCAGUGGGUCCAGCACAACCUCCAGUACUGAAUCUAGCACAGCCUCUGGAGGGACCAGCACAGCCUCCAGCACUGAGUCCAGUGUGACCUCCAGUGGGUCCAGCACAACCUCCAGUACUGAAUCUAGCACAGCCUCUGGAGGGACCAGCACAGCCUCCAGCACUGAGUCCAGUGUGACCUCCAGUGGGUCCAGCACAACCUCCAGUACUGAAUCUAGCACAGCCUCUGGAGGGACCAGCACAGCCUCCAGCACUGAGUCCAGUGUGACCUCCAGUGGGUCCAGCACAACCUCCAGUACUGAAUCUAGCACAGCCUCUGGAGGGACCAGCACAGCCUCCAGCACUGAAUCCAGUGUGACCUCCAGUGGGUCCAGCACAACCUCCAGUACUGAAUCUAGCACAGCCUCUGGAGGGACCAGCACAGCCUCCAGCACUGAGUCCAGUGUGACCUCCAGUGGGUCCAGCACAACCUCCAGUACUGAAUCUAGCACAGCCUCUGGAGGGACCAGCACAGCCUCCAGCACUGAAUCCAGUGUGACCUCCAGUGGGUCCAGCACAGCCUCCAGUUCUGAAUCUAGCACAGCCUCUGGAGGGACCAGCACAGCCUCCAGCACUGAGUCCAGUGUGACCUCCAGUGGGUCCAGCACAACCUCCAGUACUGAAUCUAGCACAGCCUCUGGAGGGACCAGCACAGCCUCCAGCACUGAGUCCAGUGUGACCUCCAGUGGGUCCAGCACAACCUCCAGUACUGAAUCUAGCACAGCCUCUGGAGGGACCAGCACAGCCUCCAGCACUGAAUCCAGUGUGACCUCCAGUGGGUCCAGCACAACCUCCAGUUCUGAACCUAGCACAGCCUCUGGAGGGACCAGCACAGCCUCCAGCACUGAAUCCAGUGUGACCUCCAGUGGGUCCAGCACAACCUCCAGUUCUGAAUCUAGCACAGCCUCUGGAGGGACCAGCACAGCCUCCAGCACUGAGUCCAGUGUGACCUCCAGUGGGUCCAGCACAACCUCCAGUACUGAAUCUAGCACAGCCUCUGGAGGGACCAGCACAGCCUCCAGCACUGAAUCCAGUGUGACCUCCAGAGGCUUUAGCACACAUUCUCCAACUGGAACACACACAACUUCCCAUAGGGUUGGCACGAGUGCUACUACUCCACUGAAUGAAAUGAUACCUAGUGGGUUCCUGAAACCAUGGGAAAUCUUCCUCAUUACUCUGGUCUCAGUUGUAGUGGCCGUGGGAUUCUUUGCUGGGCUCUUCUUCUGUGUGAGAAAUUCCCUGUCCCUGAGAAACGUCUUUGACACAGCUGUCUACCACCCCCAUGGCCCCAACCUUGGCACGGUCCCUGGAGGGAAUCAUGGAGUCCACCACAGGCCUAGCUGGAGCCCUAACUGGUUCUGGAGGAGACCAGUAUCUUCAGUAGCCAUGGAGAUGAGAAGGGGAUACAAUGGGCCCUGA